AGAGAUGGAUUUUCACCACCAACAACGAGUUUUACAAAUUUUUACCGAAUAUCUAGUGUAAAAGUUUGUCUGGGGAUGAAACUUUGAUACUAACUAUGACUGGUCAUUUCAAUUUUCACACUCCCUUGAAUAAUUUCAUUUUCAAGGGAUUAAAUGUUGAAAAUACAAGUGGACUGGUUGUGACCUGCCUGGUGGUAGGAGCUAUGACAUUCUUACUGGAGGGGGCCAAGAUGCUGAUGAUGUACUGGUCAGUACGAAUCAAACAGAACCCAUUGACAUAUGGUCUAACGGACACAGAAGAUUUAGAUGAACGUGAUGAUCUCACAGCGUCACUGAUGAUUCCAGCAAGUUUAGAACAAAUUCGAUCAAGAAGAAUCAAGUACCACUGCCUAGGGCUGCUGACACACAUCUUUAAUCUUAUCAUUGGCUAUAUCCUCAUGUUAGCAGUGAUGACAUAUAAUGUUUGGAUCACAAUUGGAGUCAUCGUAGGGUCAGGAGUAGGAUUCUUCACUUUCGGUGUCCUGGGAAAUAAAAUACAGGCAAAGUAUGCAGGAAUGGCACCGUCCAUAGAAGAUCCUUCUAAUUACCAGAUAAACAUGGCUGUCCCAGAAGAGCAACAUAUUUAACCACUGAUAAUAAACCUGUCUCUGAGGACCGGCACAUCUCGCACCUGAUAACCUGACUGUUUUUGUGACCAGCACAUCUCACACCUGAUAAACCUGACUGUUUCCAUGACCAGCACAUCUCACACCUGAUAACCUGACUGUUUCUGUGACCAGCACAUCUCACACCUGAUAACCUGACUGUUUCCAUGACCAGCACAUCUCACACCUGAUAAACCUGACUGUUUCUGUGACCAGCACAUCUCGCACCUGAUAAACCUGACUGUUUCCAUGACCAGCACAUCUCGCACCUGAUAAACCUGACUGUGUCCAUGAUCAGCACAUCUCGCACCUGAUAAACCUGACUGUUUCCAUGACCAGCACAUCUCACACCUGAUAAACCUGACUGUUUCCAUGACCAGCACAUCUCACACCUGAUAAACCUGACUGUUUCCAUGACCAGCACAUCUCACACCUGAUAACCUGACUGUUUCCAUGACUAGAACAUCUCACACCUGAUAAACCUGACUGUUUCCAUGACUAGAACAUCUCACACCUGAUAAACCUGUUUCCAUGACCAGCACAUCUCACUAGUGAUUUUCAAGAUCACAUGAGUCAAAUUGUUUAAAUUUUUACCCAACUUCUGAAUACUACAGUUCUUGCAUUAAAGGUCACGGUGUUCGGUCAAUAGCAUGCUGGGAUGAGUUUAUAAAUUGAUAAUUGAAAGUUCGCAAUUUUCUGAAUUGCUGGGCUACUAGGGUGAUAGACUAUUAAUUUGUGUAAAUGGACAUCCUUGACCCACUUUCAGUGAAAUUAACGAGUGAUCUAUAAUUUUACAGUGCUAUUUCUAAAGGAAAUGCAGUUAUAUUUACAUAUUUUAUUCUUUAUUUUUAGUCUUUAACAUGAGUGUUCAUUUUACACACACAUACUUGACCCGGUUUCCUUUUAAUUUAAACAUGAUUUUAACAUAUUGAUUUAUAUCUUUUGAUUUAAAAUGCCUCGAAAUUUUUAAAAUAAAUCUAGUCGUAGGGUAAACAAGUUUUUAUUCCAACCUGAUCUAACUGACUAGGUUGAUUAUUGAUGGUUGUUUUUAUGUUUUGUUAUAUAAGUUACAAUGAGUGUGUUCACUGGUAAGUGAACUUGUUCAGUCCAUGACUUAAAUGUUUAACGUAUUCAGAAAGAUUUAGGCUUGACAUAAAAGAUACAAUUGGAGAAAUUGUGGCUGAAAAUGAGGAAACUGAAUGUGAUUGUGAUAUGUUUUUAUUUUCAGCUCCCUCAGAUACUAAUUAAAUAUCACAUAUAGAAAAAUAACAAAACAAGUGACUACAUUUUUAGAGAGAGAUAGAGAGAGAUAGAGAGAGAUGGAGAGAGACGGAGAGAGACUCCAGGUAUUAUUUACAGGCAAUGUAUAUGAUAAUAUAGGCCACUGAGUGUGCACAUGUGUACAGAAGCAGAGCUCUAAUUUUUUUAAUUUUUUGAAAAGAUGAGCCAAAUUAUCCAUUAGUAACAAUUAUAAUGGUGCUACGCUGCAGAAAUGUAUAUAACUUUCAUCACUUAUUUUUCUUUUUCACCCGUUGACUUUGUUCAGUGUGCUAAAUUGCUGUGCUUUUGAAAUUUCUUUAAAAUUUGAUUUUUAUCACAUAAAUGAGACAAAUGUGCUAUUAUAGUGUAACCUUUAUCUGAUGAGUAAGAAGAUCAACACAUGAUAAUAUUGUUUUCAUAACCAUAUAAUGUUACCAAUUAUUUUAAUUGUUUGUCUUAAGUUUGUAUCUGUUUCGUAUGCAAAUUAUUUUAAUGAAGAAAGGGUGUGAAGAACGUUUUAUAAUGAUUCUCAUUAUAGUCAAAUCGUUUGCUGGUAUAUUACUUCAUGGCCAAAAUGUUUUAUAUGAGAUUAUUUGUGUAGUUUUACCUGAUAAUAAUUACAAGACAGGUUUGUGUGAUGCACACAUGUGUACAGUUUAUCAGUUAUUUUUUUCAUUAAUAUUGGUUUAACUUGUUGAUGUAAAGUUCUGUUUUUGAAAGGUUGUUAACACCCAGCAGCCUAUAACAUGCACUCUUUUCUACAUGUCAUGUCGUCAUGAUAAACUCAUCAGUAUGUUCCUAUCUUCUCUGCAUAUCAGGAUAAAUUCGGCAGCUUGUACAUGACUUUUCAUCAUGUAAUGACGUCAUGAUUAAAAUCAGCAGAUUGUGAGGUCAUGAAAAGAACUAAAGAUUUGCAGUUGGACAUUUCAUGGGUCCCAGACAGAAAACCUAACCAUUGUUUAGCCGUCAGUAUGAUCCUGUAGGGUGUAAGGGAACACCAUGUAUUCACCACCACUGGAAGCUGGCACUAAAUCACGAUGAUUUCUCCUCAAAGUGGAAAGAAAUCAAAUGUCAGAAUCAAUAUUUUAUUGAUUGACAAUUGAUUAGGAAACAUUUUUCAUUGUAAACUUUUAGGAAUAUAUUUCGUGGUAGUGAUUUGUGAAAUUUAGUUGUCCCAGACCAUUGAACAGGGCAGCUGCAAGACAACAAUUCUGUCACUACAUUUUUCAAGGAUGCAAACCCAAUUAUCAUAAAAGAUUUUUUCAUAUCCUGAGGUAUGUAGAUAUGAUAGUAGUGUAUAAGCUACUAUACUAUUUGUUUGUAAUAAUACACUUCAUUUCUUAUUAACAAUAAGGUGUGUAUUUAUAAUAAUAAUUUACAUACGAUGAUAAUAAUUCAUUCCAUUAUUUCUGUUUGAUGUAUGUAUG